GCACCACGGGUAACAAAUGCACAUCGGUGACGUCUGAAGUUGGUCGUCAUCUGAGCGUGCACCUGUGCCAUUGCGUUGUUUUCUCGCCGCCAAUCGCAAGCGAAAAAACUUUGCCGCCGCCAAGCCCUUUGCGUCCCAGCCAACGAUGGGCAACGUGGACACGAAGCUGAAUUUUCGCAAGGCAGUGGUGCAAUUGACAUCAAAAACAGAACCGAUCGACGCGAAUGAUGAGGUCUUCUGGGAGCAGUUCUGGUGUGAGAACAUCAGCAAUGUGCAGGACAUUUUCACAUUGGUUCCUGCUGCCGAGAUUCGCAGUUUACGCGAAGAAGCCCCCAGUAAUCUCGCAACGCUUUGCUAUAAAGCAGUGGAAAAAUUAGUGCGCGCCGUAGACAACAGCUGCCGUACACAAAGCGAACAACAGACAGUGCUGAAUUGUGUACGUCUGCUGACGAGGCUGCUGCCGUAUAUUUUCGAGGACAGUGAAUGGAAGGGCUUCUUUUGGUCGUCGCUACCUUCACAGAACGACAAUGAAGAUGAAUCUGUACCGCUUGCACAGUCGCUUCUCAACGCAAUCAGCGAUUUGCUCUUUUGCCCUGAUUUCACCGUGAUCAACAGUCGUAAAAGUGGACCUGAUAAAGCUGAAGAUUUGUCCGCGAUCGACUCUUGCGAGUAUAUCUGGGAGGCAGGCGUUGGUUUCGCGCACUCACCACCGCGUCACCCGCUACUUGAUUCAAAUCGCACUGAAUUAUUGAAAUUAUUACUCACUUGCUUCAGUGAGACAAUGUAUCAUCCCCCGGUGGAUAUUGCACAGAAUCCAAAUCGUUGGAUCGCGCAUCUUACCUCCGCUGACAACCGCCACGCGUUACCUAUGUUCACAUCGUUAUUAAACACGGUUUGCGCGUAUGAUCCGGUAGGUCUAGGUGUUCCCUACAACCAUCUCAUUUUUAACGACUCUCUGGAGCCGCUUGUCGAGGCCGCGUUGCAAAUUCUGAUUGUCACACUGGAUCACGACAUGAAUCUCGGUGCGCAUCUUGCUGGCGAACAGGGUGCGCAUCACGCGCCGCACCAGGACGAAGAGCACACCAUGGAUAACUUGUUUAUUAAUUAUUUAAGCCGCAUACAUCGCGAUGAGGACUUUCAGUUUAUUCUACAGGGCAUUACGCGUUUGUUAAACAAUCCGCUAGCGCAGACUUACCUGCCUAACAGCACGAAGAAGGUACACUUUCACCAGGAGUUGCUGGUUUUCUUCUGGAAGCUGUGCGAUUACAACAAGAAGUUUUUAUACUAUGUACUGAAGAGUAGUGAUGUGCUAGAGGUUCUAGUGCCGAUUUUAUACCAUUUGAAUGAUUCCCGAGCGGAUCAAUCUCGCGUUGGUUUGAUGCAUAUUGGUGUGUUUAUUCUGCUAUUGCUCUCCGGGGAGAGGAAUUUCGGCGUGAGACUGAACAAACCCUAUACGGCCACGAUUCCAAUGGACAUUCCAGUGUUCACCGGAACACACGCUGAUCUCCUGAUUAUUGUUUUUCACAAAAUCAUUACUACAGGUCACCAGCGACUUCAGCCACUUUUUGACUGCUUGCUUACAAUCUUAGUCAAUGUAUCUCCGUACUUAAAAACCCUCUCGAUGGUAGCCUCAACGAAGCUGCUGCACCUGCUCGAAGCGUUCUCCACACCGUGGUUCCUCUUCUCGUCGCCGGCGAAUCACCACCUCGUCUUUUUCCUGCUGGAGAUUUUCAAUAACAUCAUCCAGUAUCAAUUCGACGGUAACUCUAAUCUUGUUUACACUAUCAUUCGCAUGCGACAGGUAUUCCACGGGCUGGCCAACCUGCCAUGCGACUACUCGACAAUUGCGCGCACGCUCAACAAACGUGCUGAGCGCUGUAAAGUGCGGCAGCUGCAGAGCGCAAGCGUGAAUGGUGAAGUGGGUGAGCGCGAAUUUGCCGCCACUGUUGGUGCCGAAACCAGCGAACGCGAAGAGGCGAUGGAGGGUAGUCAUCCAGCUUUACCAGCUGAGCCUGGCACCUUAAAGGCUACCCUACCAGAUACACCUGGUAUUAUGCAGAUGACCGAACGCGAAAAUGCGCAUCCGCAGAGCACUUAUCAGCAGGUAGAGGCGCUGAAUCUCGCUAACGGAAUGGCGACCAUUACAAUGAACACCCCCAGUCAGGGUAAUCCGGAUUUACCUCAAAAGGUUGUACAGGAAGAUGGUGGUGAACGCGUUAAGGAAAAUGAGGACAAAGUACUUGUUACCGAAAAGAUGCCUGACGAGGCCACAUUAAAGAAACAGACUGUUAACACUAAAAACAGUUUGCGAGUGAUACCUACUGAUGAAAGCGUCAGCAAUCAAUGGCAGCCCACAGCCGAGUGGGUACAUUCCUGGAAGAGCAAGUUGCCACUGCAGACAAUUAUGCGACUUCUACAAGUGCUCGUCCCACAGGUCGAGAAAAUUUGCAUCGACAAAGGCCUAACCGACGAGAGUGAGAUUUUGAAAUUCCUGCAGCACGGGACACUUGUCGGUCUGCUCCCCGUGCCGCACCCUAUUCUCAUCCGCAAAUACCAGGCGAACAGCGGCACCACCACGUGGUUCCGCACCUACAUGUGGGGUGUCAUCUAUUUGAGGAACGUGGAUCCGCCCAUCUGGUAUGACACUGACGUGAAGCUGUUUGAGAUCCAGCGCGUUUAACGGCGCACAUAAAUUAUAUUUAAAUUAUUCUAAUUUAACUCGUUUCUAAUGGACUUACUUUAUUAAUAAACGCUUGCGAGGUUGAA